AUGGGAACGUAUGACUAUAACCACACCUAUCAGAGAUAUUGUUUCAUGGAGAUGACAAUUAUCAUGUGGUUGAAUGUCAUCACUGAUGUGAUUGGACUGGCAGGAAAUGCAGCUGUGAUCUGGCUCCUGGGCUUCCGGAUUCGAAGAAAUGCCAUCUCAGUUUACAUCCUAAACCUGGCUGUGGCUGAUUUCCUCUACCUUUGCUUUAACUUUGCUCUGACCCUGAAAAUAUUGAUUACUUUUUUAUGUUACAACAAGAAAAUCUCCUUCUCUUUUGUUGUGAUUUUUGUGUUUUUCUAUACUUACACAGCAGGCCUGAGCUUCCUCAGUGUUAUUAGCCUGGAACGUUGCCUGUCUGUCCUGUGUCCCAUCUGGUACCGGUGCCACCGCCCAAGACAUGCAUCAUCCUUCAUGUGUGUGAUAGUAUGGACACUGUCCUUGCUAUUGGCUUUUUUGGUAUCUUAUUACUGUGAAGGCCCACGUACCUAUUUUGACGGGAAGUCAUGUCUGUUAGUCAGUCUUCCUAGUGUUGGAUACUUGCUAUGUUUAUUUGUGAUUCUCUUAGGGUCCAGCCUGGCUCUGACUGUAAGGAUGUUCUGUAGCCCUCAACGGAUGUCACUGACCAGGUUGUAUGUGACCAUCCUGCUCACAGUACUGGUCUUCAUCUUCUGUGGCCUACCCCAUGGCAUUGACUAUUACCUACAGGGUGUGAUUUAUGUUGAUGUGUUUCAGUUUCCCUGUUACUUUCCUAGCCUUUUAUUUUUACUAACUUCUGUUAACAGCUUUGCCAACCCCAUUAUUUACUUCUUUGUUGGCUCCUUUCGGCAGCAGCAGAGGCAGACCCUUAAGCAUGUUCUGCAGAGGGCUCUGCAGGACACUCCUGAAGACAAUGAAUGUGGAGGUAGCCUUUCUCAGGGGACCCUGGAGAUGUCUGGAAGCAGAGUGGAGCAAUGA